ACGAAAAUGGCCAGGCAGAAGCUGGAUCGUCUCUUCUAUCUUAAGGCUAUCCCCAGACCAGCGGUGGCUCCCCAGAAGAAGGCUCCUCAGUUUAUGCUGGAUCUUUUUAACGCGGUUUCUGUCACGGAUGGGACCCCGAAAAGCCAGACGGACAUUCUGGAAGGAAACACGGUGCGGAGUUUCAGCGAUAAAGGGCAACCUAGAGAGAGUUUUCACUUCUUCAACUUGUCGUCUUUCGGCAGAGAUGAGAGAAUGAUCAAAGCGCAGUUCCGCUGGUUCCGAAAGAAAAGGAAGUUUUAUCCCGGAAGGUUUCACACGCCUCAUUUCUACAAAGUGGCUCUGUAUGAGGUGCUGGAGAACCUCGUGAAGCCAUGGCGAGGAAACCUCAUCACCUCCAGAUUGGUUCCACUAUACACACAAGGAUGGGAAGUCUUCAAUGUCACUCAAAUGGUAUCCAAGUGGAUCCAGAACAGUCAGGAGGACAACGGCAUCCUGGUGGUGACUACACUUCCUUCCGGUAACUGGAUGGAGUCGGUGUUGCAUUCAUCUAAACAGAAUGUAGAGCUGACAGACACAAGCGCCUACCUGGUCAUAUUCUCACACGACAAAGAGACAGGAGCAUCAAACCAGUCAUACUUUGACGAAGGCUCACUGAUGCAUGUGGGGACCCAACCUGAACCGGCUGCCCCCGAGCACCGCAGCAGAAGGCCUCGUGCAUCUUCGAGUGUCGUGCCCCUCGACAGCUCCCAGCACUGCCAGCGCAUUUCUCUGUUUGUUGACUUUGAGGAGAUCGGCUGGUCGGGCUGGAUCAUCUCUCCCCGUGGAUACAAUGCCUAUCACUGUACGGGCUCCUGUCCAUUCCCGUUGGGGGUAGGCAUCAGGGCGACCAACCACGCCACAGUGCGUUCUAUCAUGCACGCACUCAAGGUUACUAGCGAUGAGGUGGAAGCGCCCUGCUGCGUGCCGGACACGCUCCAGUCUAUGAGUCUGUUGUAUUUUGACGAUGAGGAGAAUGUGGUUUUAAAGCAGUAUGACGACAUGAUGGCGUUAAGCUGUGGUUGUCAUUAG